GAUUGGUUGUUAUCCCUUCGGCUCUCCAACACCGCCUACACCAACCGGAUAUAGGGGCAGGGUUUCCGCUUCCGUCUUCUCCCUCCCGCUUGUCGUCGGGUCGCGGUCGCCGCCACAGCAGCCGCUGCGGGGCGCGGUGUUGGUGGGUCGGUUGGCUUGUCGCUCAGCGUCGGUGUCCGUGCCGUUGAACUGCCCGCCAUGACUGAACUUGAUCCGUUCGGCGCUCCUGCCGGCGCCCCUGGCGGCCCCGCGCUAGGGAACGGGGUGGUCGGUGCCGGCGAAGAAGACCCGGCCGCGGCCUUCUUGGCGCAGCAAGAGAGCGAGAUUGCGGGCAUCGAGAACGACGAGGCCUUCGCCAUCCUGGACGGCGGUGCCCCCGGGCCCCAGCCGCACGGCGAGCCGCCAGGGGGUCCGGAUGCCGUGGAUGGAGUGAUGAAUGGCGAGUACUACCAGGAGAGUAAUGGUCCAACAGACAGUUACGCAGCUAUUUCACAAGUGGAUCGAUUGCAGUCAGAGCCUGAAAGUAUCCGUAAAUGGAGAGAAGAGCAAACGGAACGCUUGGAAGCCCUUGAUGCCAAUUCUCGGAAGCAAGAAGCAGAGUGGAAAGAAAAAGCAAUAAAGGAGCUAGAAGAGUGGUAUGCGAGGCAGGACGAGCAGCUACAGAAAACAAAAGCAAACAACAGGGUGGCAGAUGAAGCUUUCUACAAACAACCCUUCGCUGACGUGAUUGGUUAUGUCACAAACAUAAACCAUCCUUGCUACAGCCUAGAACAGGCAGCAGAAGAAGCCUUUGUAAACGACAUAGACGAGUCGUCCCCAGGCACUGAGUGGGAACGGGUGGCCCGGCUGUGUGACUUUAACCCCAAGUCCAGCAAGCAGGCCAAAGACGUCUCCCGCAUGCGCUCUGUCCUCAUCUCCCUCAAGCAGGCCCCCUUGGUGCACUGAAGAGCCACCCUGUGGAAACACUACAUCUGCAAGAUCUUAAUCCUACUCAGUGAAGCUCUUCACAGUAAUUGGAUUAAUUAUGUUGAGUUCUUUUGGACCAAACCUUUUUGUCUUUAGAGUUGAUCAUUGUUUGUGAUUGCAUGUUUCCUUCAGCUCUGUUCUCGCUGGCAGCCAGAGAGGAGGGGGAGGAGUGGGGGGGGGGAAGCCCCCCAAAGGUAGCCUCAACCUCUACUUUUGUGCAUUAUUCUGAGAAUAAAUUUGUUUCAAACAAA